AAUUACUCCACACUCAAUUUAAUCUCCACCGCCGGUAACCCUCACCGCCCUCCGCCGCCGCGCACUAGAACUGGAAGGAAAUCUUCCGACUCCAAAUCCUCCUUCUUGUUCGAGUUACGCUACAAAUUUCGAUUUAUCUCACAUUUCGAUUCCUAACAUCCGAAAGCCGAGCUCGGCGUCAACGAAGGCACCUGUGAAUUGGCAUCGAGAAUCGAGCAAUGGCGGAAAUAACUUUCCGAUCCGUGCUUCUCCUCUCAGCAGUGUUUCGCGUGGUUUUGAUUUUCUACGGCGAGUGGCAAGAUGCUCACAUGGCGGUUAGAUACACUGACAUCGACUACUUCGUUUUCUCCGAUGCCGCGGCGUUAAUGGUUUCUGGAAAAUCGCCAUAUGAUAGAUCGACGUAUCGGUAUUCGCCAUUGCUAGCUUUUCUUCUGACGCCUAAUUCGUUUCUGCAUCAGUCGUGGGGAAAAUUUUUGUUUUCUGCAUCAGAUCUACUUGUGGGGUUGCUUAUCCACAGAAUUCUGAAGCUAAGAGGAGUUCCUGAGAAACUGUCUACCUACUCGGCAAUGGUGUGGCUUUUCAACCCGUUCACCUUCACGAUUGGAACACGUGGGAACUGUGAGCCCAUCGUUUGCUCCAUGAUUCUGUGGAUUUUGAUAUGUCUGAUGAAAGACAAUCUCAUACAGGCUGCAUUUUGGUAUGGCCUCGUUGUUCACUUGAGAAUAUAUCCCAUAAUUUAUGCACUUCCGAUCAUCAUACUUCUUGAUCCACUGUACUUUCGACACGGUAAAAAGCCAGCCCUCGGGAAGUGGAGUUUUAGAACCUCAGAGUCAUCCCUUGACUCAAGCAACGCAGAAAAAACUGGUUUUUGGAACUUUUUCAGAAGCCUAAUAACAUGGAGACGGGUCGUGUUUGGGAUUCUGUCUGGAACUACUUUCCUAAUCUUUACAGGAUUGAGUUUCUAUUUAUACGGAUGGGAUUUCUUGCACGAGGCACUGCUAUACCAUCUCACACGCACAGACCCUCGCCACAACUUCUCGAUUUAUUUCUACCACAUAUACCUCCACUACGAACACGAGCUUUCAAUCCUUGAAAAACUCAUCUCCUUUCUUCCACAGUUCAUAGUCCAGCUGAUUAUAAUCCUGCGCUUCGCCCCGGACUUGCCAUUCUGUUUGUUUCUUCAGACAGUGGCUUUUGUAGCAUUUAACAAGGUCAUAACAGCGCAGUACUUCGUGUGGUUCUUCUGUCUACUACCUCUAAUACUCCCGUGGAGCAAUAUGAGGCUCAAAUGGAGAGGCCUGGCUUGUGUGUCUGUGUGGAUUGGAGCGCAGACGCAUUGGCUGAUGUGGGGCUACUUGCUCGAGUUUCGAGGUAAGAACGUCUUCCUUCAGCUAUGGAUGGCAAGUCUACUCUUCUUGGCAGCCAAUACCUUUGUUAUGAUCAAUAUUAUUCGUAGCCAUGUAUUUUGCCCUCUGUUCAAACAAUCUUCAAGCAAAUCAGUGAAAGAUGAUUAGUAGGAUUUUUUUGUAUCUCUUGUGGAAUUUUUGUUGCAACAAUGGGUAGAUCUUAGAUCUUGUUUGUGUAUUUGUUUGUUUGUUUUUCA